UAAACAUUUUUUCAUAAAUGUACUCUAUCCAGACUUCUUAUAUGAUUUCAAUAACAUCUAGUUAUUCAUUGCGUGUCUUCUUCUUUAAAAUGGUUUUGUAUUUGUUGUAUUUUUAUAUGUUGGAUGAGGGGUCUUUCUUUGAAAAUAGAAAAUUACUUUUCUCAUUUAAUAAUGCAAGGCUAUAGCCUAUACUGGGUUGUCGUAUAGUAAUGUCUCCAACUAAGGCAUUUUGAAGAUAAUGUCGUAUGUUAAUGUUUAUUGUCGUUGGUAUUAUUUAAUUUAGAUUCUCCACAUCUCUACCAGAAAAACAAUCCUUCACGGUAUUCUUUUUGAUAAAGGAAACUUAUUAGAUAUAAUCUCUAAAGAUGAUUUCAUCUUAUCAUCUUUUUUCCUAAGCUUUGUCUUUUUUAUUUCCAAAGAACUUUUCUUUUUUAUGCUCUUUCUUUACCAUUUGUUGUAACUGAGAACCAUGGCUUUGGAAUUGUUGGUUGCACCUGUUGUCUCUGCUUCUGUUGAUCUUUUGGUGAAAAAGAUUGCUUCUUCUGAUUUGGUGGGGAGCUUUUUAAGGGGAAAGACUGACUCUGGUUUCGAUAAGCUUCUUGACAAACUAGAGACUACUUUCCUCUCUCUUGCUGAGGUGCUCAGUGAUGCAGAGCAGAAACAGUUCAGAAACUCUAGAGUUGAGAAGUGGCUUGACAAGCUUCAAGAUGUUGUGGAAGAUGCAGAGGAUCUCUUUGACGAAAUUGAGUAUGAUGCCCUCAAACUCAAGGUUGAAACUGAGUCAGAAUUUGAUGAUAAAUUCAAGGUAAGUAAGCUAUCCUCCAUUUUCAAUUCCAUUGAUAGGAAAAGAAAAACAGAUAUGGAAAAGAUUUUGGAAAGAUUGAAUACUUUUAAAGAAGAAAGAUACAUCCUUGAUCUAAGAACAAAUGUUGAGAAGAUCCAAUCACAGAGAACACCUUCAAUGUCUUCCAUAGAUGAUGCUGAGUUUUUUGGAAGAGAUGAAGAAAAGAAGAUUUUGAAAGAGGUGUUGGUGGAAAAUGAGGUGGGGAAAGAAAAAAUAUGUGUGAUUCCAAUUGUGGGAUUGGGUGGGAUUGGCAAAACUACUCUUGCUCAAGCUGUAUAUAAUGAUGAUGAAGUUGAAAAGUAUUUUCAACUCAAGGCGUGGGUUUGUGUCUCAGAUGAGUUUGAUGUUUGUAAAGUAAUGAAAACUGUUCUUGAAGCAGUGACUAAAAGUUCUUGUAAUGUUGAGGGUUUGAGUGUGCUUGAAGAGAAGAUACAACAAGUGUUAGACAAAAAGAAGUUCUUGAUAGUUUUGGAUGACAUAUGGAAUGAGGAGCAUGAUUUUUGGAAUACAUUGAGGAUGCUUUUUAGAGUUGGGGCACAAGGUAGCAAGAUAAUCGUUACUACAAGAAGUGAAAAGGUUGCAUCAAUUGUGGGAACUGUUAGAUUUCAACAUCUUGAUGUGUUAAAAGAAGAAGCUUGUUUUCAAUUGUUUGUCAAGAUUGUAUCUGGGAAUGAAAAUUUUACUACAACAGAUUCACACUUGGGAAGAAUUGGCAAAGAAGUUGUUAAAAAAUGCAAAGGCUUACCGUUGGCAGUGAAGGCAAUAGCAAGUCUCUUGCGCUUUACACAUGUUAAGGAAUGGAAAAGAAUAGCAAAGAGUGAUAUUUUGGAUUUACAAGUUGGAGAGAAAAAUAUUCUUCCGGCUUUAAGAUUAAGUUAUCAUUAUUUGCCAUCACACUUGAAGAGAUGCUUUAUUUACUGUUCUAUGUUUCCUAAAGACCACCAAUUUUAUAGGGAAGAGUUGGUUUUGUUAUGGAUGGUAGAUAGUUUAUUGGAGCAUUCGAGUGGAAAUAGGAGAAAUAGGACUGUGAAAGAAGUAGGAAAUGAGUAUUUUGAUGAAUUGGUGUCUCGAUCAUUUUUUCAACCUAUUGGAGGUAGGUCCAAAAGAUAUGGAACUGGUGUAUUUGAAACUGUCAACUGUUUCGUUAUGCAUGAUCUUAUGGUUGAUUUGGCUAAUUUUGUAUCUAAGAAAAAAAUUCUUUACUUAGAGAAAGACAAGAUGUAUGAUAUUGGAAUAGUGAAACAACUGCGACAUGUUGGAUUUGAUAUGGUGAACUGCCAAAAUUUACAUGAGAUAUACAAAUUAGUUUCUGAUGCAACUUGUUUGCGUACAAUUAUGCCUGUUACUAGAAAUUUAUUUGCUACAGAAAGAUUACAGGAAGAUGUGUCGAAAGAUAUCAGAAAGUUAAAGCGUUUGAGAUUUUUAUCUUUGGCUGGUUACAUGAAUGUUAAUGAAUUGGGUGUUAAGUCAAUAGGUGAAUUAAGACAUCUUCGUCAUUUAGAUUUCUCUUACACUUCAAUCAAAGAACUACCUGAAUCGGUGUGUUUGUUGUACAAUUUGCAGUCACUUCAAUUAUUUGGCUGUAAGCUACUCACCAAGUUUCCUAAAAAGUUUCAUCAUCAUCUCAUUAAUUUGAGAUAUCUCUACAUGAGUUGUGUUAAAAUUUGUACCUUGCCACCACUUGGUCAGUUACCGGCUCUAUUAGCUCUUUCGAUCGAAAGAUGUGAUGCAGUAGAGAUGGUGGGGGUUGAGUUUUAUGGGACUAGUUCUUCCCAAUCAUUUCCAUUGUUGGAAUCCUUGACAUUCAGAUUUAUGGAAAAUUGGAAAGAAUGGUCGACGCCAAAAGCAAAUGUGGAAGCAUUUCCAAAACUCAAAGAACUAUACAUAGAGAGUUGUCAAAGAUUGACUGGAGACUUGCCUGGUCUCCUACCAUCCUUAACAAAUCUUGAAAUUUGUGAUUGUCCAGAGCUUGCUUCUCCUCUCCCAAUGAUGCCUUUAGUCACAAGAAUACGUAUAGACCGGUGUGAGAAGAUUGCAAGAUUCAAAUCACUUAGUAGUCUUCAAAGUUAUGAUGAUUUAGAAGACCUCUAUCUUGGGGUUUGCUCAUUCAAAUUGCUUCCUUUACAUUCCUUUUCAAAUAUUAGGCAUGUUGAGGUUUAUGAUUGUGAAAAUCUAGAGUCUUUCUCGCUAACAAAUACUCUAAAUUCUCUAUCUUUUCUCUACAUUCGAUAUUGUCCUAAUUUCACAUUAUUUCCAGAUAGCAACCUUCAUUGCCCAAUUCUUACUCAACUUUGGCUCGUUUCUUGUGAGAAAUUGAAAUUUUUGCCUGAAAAACUGCCUAGUCUCCUCCCUUCGUUACAAGAACUGGCCAUCUAUGGUUGUCCAGAGUUAGAGUCGCUUCCUAAAUGUGGGUUGCCUUUCAGUUUGCGUAUGCUCACCAUUAGCAACUGCAACAAGCUGAUUGCAUCUCGAAAGAAUUGGAAGUUACAAACACUUCCUAAUCUGACAUUCUUUCGAAUUGAAGAUUACCAAUGUGAGGAUAUGGAGUCCUUACUAGAACAAGGGAUGCUUCCGCCUAGCAUUACCUCCCUUGAAAUUGUUAAGGUUGCUUGUCUUAAAAGCUUAGACCACAAGGGGUUUCAAGAAAUCGAAUCCUUGAAAGAACUAUACAUCUCUGAGUGCCCCAAGUUGCAGUCACUUCCAGUAAAAGGGUUGCCACCCGCUUUCGAAGGUUUACUUCCACCUUCUUUCGAAACUUUCUUCAUGAAUUAUUGUCCGUUGCUGGAAGAAAAGUAUGAGUGGGAAUAUAAUAGCGAUAAUCAUAAAGGUUGGAUGAUGAUUCGUUGCAUCACUAGGCCUCAAGAUGUUAGCAGUCAACAGCCCUUAAUUAAGCCAUUCUUAAGAUUGAUUGGGCCCAAAGCUGUAGUGUUGCACAUCCUGCUUAUUCUCUUAUGUAUGUAUCUAUAUGCGUAUUUCAAUUUGUAAGAGAAAUGAUUUCUAAGACUGAAGUGGAUUGCCCUGGUUCCAAACUGAACCUUAUAAUCCAUUCCGUAGGACCAUCUCAAUCUGUUGCCUACUGUAUUUUUGCUGAUGGCAGAGGAAAAGUUGGACCCAAAUGUUGUCCCCAUCUGAACAAAAUGAGACCUUAGAUGCUGCAAAUACCAGUGAUGACAGUUAAAAGAAUUUGAAACUUGAAUGGAGAUAGCAUUGAGAGGUGGAGGAAUACAAUAGAAUCCUCAACUUUGAUCCAAAUAGUCUGGUAGUCUUCGAUGUGUACCAAGGCUUGGAAUUAAUUGGAGGAAGUUUGCAUUUGCGACGUGGCUCGUGAGGCUGCUAAGCCUAAGACUACCAUAGAAAAAAUUUGGUGUAUUUGCAUGCAGUGCAGGUUCAGGUUGCUAUAAUGUUGUGUCUUUUUUAUUAAAAAUGAUACAAGAUUUUGGUAACAGAGAAUAUCAUUUUCUCAUCUGAUACAACUAAAGCACACCUAUAUUAUAUAUUUAGUUUGUAAACUUCAAAACCAAUAGUGGUUUGGAUUGAAGUUAGAUUUAAAUCUCUUUCUUCUACUCUGUAAACAUAUUUUCAUUUAUUUCUUAAAAACCAUGCUUAACACAA